AUGGACUCCUCAGACUCCCCAUCACCACCACAAGGCCCAUCGUCCUCCAACAAUCCACCGGAAGACAACCCACCAAAUAACGACAAGGCCAAUGACGACCCAGCGGCGACCAAAGCCAAAGCCAAGAAGAGAACAAAGACGGGCUGUUUGACUUGUCGAAAGCGGCGAAUCAAGUGUGAUGAGGCGAGGCCUACCUGUGCCAAUUGCAUAAAAUCAAAGAGGCACUGCGAGGGGUAUAACCAGCGUGUGAUAUUCAAAGAUCCUCUUGGCGCUUUUGGCUCGUUUGGACCUCUCGCCUACCCUCAGCCAUCCCCCGAAGCUCUUAUAAGAGAGCAGCAAGCAGCGCAACAAAAGUCUUCGUCUCAGUCUCUGCAGAUUAUUGCUCCGAAACCUCCAUCUCCUGCAUAUUAUCCAGGAAUCAUACCACAAUUCAGUUCAGCAUACCCAAGUCAGUUUCCUCCGGGCGCCCCGCUGCCCUUGAAUCCGUUGAAUCCGGCUGCGGGUCUCAACGGAUCACAACUACCUACAGGCUCGGGAUAUCAGUUCUUCACUCCAAAAACAAGUGGUCCGUUUCACUCAGUCCAAUGGAGACAAGAGCAGCAGCAGCAGCAACAACAACCACCUCCUGCGACGAUACAGCCGCCAUUCCCCAACUUGCCGCCUGCAGAACCACACUUCCUCUUGCAGCAAUAUCAGCCAACUAAUGAUGGUUUCAUUAUCCAAAAUCCGCAACAUGUCGCGCCCUCACAGACACAGGGUGCUCCACUGGAACCUGACGUUUGGGCGGACAAGGAGGCGGAAGAGUACGAAUAUGAGACCGACAUGGAAGAUUCCGAUGACGAGGACAUGAUUGUCCAAACGCGUCAGAUCCAACUCAACUCGAUCGUGUCUCAGAGACUGAACGACCGCUACGACUCUUCCGGAUUUCAACCAAGAACAUUUGCAGUUCAUGCGGAACACGUUCUGGCAACUUACGAGCCAUCGCCAGCUAAUUCUCCUCUGAACGAUAAGCAGAUCGCUGCCGUCUUCUGGCAUUUCGUCAACGUGACUGGACCCGCCAUAUCAAUGUACGAGAGAUAUCCCUUCGAUGGGACUACAUACCUUCAAGGUUCUCCAGUCAAGACACGGCAACACAUAUGGACAUAUACACUGCCUGUCUUGUCUUUGACACACCCAGCGCUACUCCAGGCCAUACUAGCCAUUGGGAGUCUUCAGAUUGCCAAGUUGAAGCUCGUGCCUCCUACUGCCUCACUCAAGCAUUACCAUCUAUCACUACGACGUAUCGCUCGUAACGUGGGCCUCGUUUCAAAAAAGACUCAAUCGGCCAACCUAGCAGCCAUCCUUAUACUAGCAUUCUACGAGGUAUGGAGCUCAGAUCACGGCAAGUGGUGCAAGCAUCUUCUCGGUGGUCGUUGGAUCAUCAAGGAUAUCCCAUUUCCGGACAUGAGCAGAAAAGUCAUGGACAUCAAACGGCGACUCCGUAAGAAGAAAGUGCUAGCUAUGGAGUCCAGACUACAGCAGACACGGCUUGGAGAUGACGUGGGCCCAUUCAGCACCUUUGGCGUUUUUGACCAUGUCUUUGACCAACAACCGGACCCUUUGCAGGGCGAGGUGGAUCCGCUCUAUCACGACUGGGACCUCAUCGAUGUGCCGCUGCUCAACGCCAUUACUGGGUCAAACCUGGACGCAGAUACAUUUGGUUUUGUGCCGGAAGAGCACAGCAGAUACCCCAGAAGCCCUGGCAAGCUCACAGAGAGAGACCUUGAUCAUUACGAAACCCUGAGCGACCUGUACUGGUGGUACUGCAAGAUGGAUGUCUACCAGAGCGUCUUGGGAGGAACCAGAUUAUUCAUGAACUACGAUCUUUGGACUCAAUGUCCACCGAGAGCCCCCAUGGGCCGUUCUGAUGCCAUCUAUGGAACUUACGAUCACCUGAUACUGGUGAUGGGCCGUUUGACGGAAUACCAGUCUCGUGACCUCAGUCGCAAACGACGCUUCUUCAAGGCUAGAGGCACAUUUGGCCCGACGGGUGCGCCUCCUGGCACUUUUCCGGGCAUGAUGCCGGCCUCUGAAAAGGUUCAACAUCCAAUGGGCUUCAGUCCCCCGCGGGACGAUCCAAACUCUCCCGGGUCCAACCCGGAGGAACAGGACCUCGACCAGCUUACUGCCAGUGCCCAUCAGGACUGGGCGGGCAUCCAGGGGGCAUUCGAGGCAUUCCGCAACCAUCUUGGCCCCGAAUUUGAACCGCUAGAACCGGACUUGCACCCAAUGUCCAUGUCGCCGUUUGGCCCGGCCCUUCGCUACCGCACGUAUAGCAUAGCGGGCAUUUGGAUGAACUAUUACAUGGGAAUGAUCAUCCUGCACAGGUCCCAUCCGCAGAUGCCGCCGGUCGCCAUGAUGGCUGGGCCGAUGAGCGCACAACAGACCAUGGGCUAUGCCUUGAAAAUUGCCCAAAUCGCUCAUGGUCUGGAAGAGAACGUAGGUGCCUUGAGCGAGGUUAGUACACUCGUGAGUGCGGCAUUCAUCGAAAGUGCAUUCUGCUUGUUUGUUGCUGGUAUCCAGUAUCAAUCUACCGAGCAGCGUGUAUGGCUGAUCCGCUACCUCAACGAUAUCACCCGUCUCACCGGCUGGGAGUCUGGGCGCGAGAUUUCCAAUGGUCUGGAGAACGCAUGGUGGCGAGCAGCCGCCAAUGGUCGGGGCCCGCCAUGGGCGCGCACAUUUGAUAUAGAGGCACAAAUGCCAGGCCUGACGAACCCUGGCGAGAAGAGACGCGCCCACUCCCCUCGCAGAUUGGUCAAGCGGAUACAGGAGAUUGGUGACGAGAAGACGUGGGUUGUGGCCAAGGAGGACAAGGCAAAUUAUGCCAUGGGACUCCUCGGCGUCCAGGAAGACCUCGAAAAACUCGAUUUGGAUAGUGCGGAGAAGGACGAGUAA